AUGACGGAUGAAGCUGAAACGCUGAGCCCUAUUUCCUGUGUGCCCACAGAGAUCUUGUUUAAUGUAUUUUUCUUUUUGCCGGUGAAAGAAUUAAUAAAAUGCCGCGGAGUAUGCAUCAGAUGGAAGAUAAUUGUUGAUAAAUUAAUCGGCAACGAAAAUUUUUGGCUAAAUACCUGCCAGAGAGAAUUUAAUGAUUAUUACCGAACCGCUAAAAAAAAAGCUCACCCGGACUUGAGUUGGUACUAUUUAUACAGGUCUUUGAGUCUUUGGCCUAAGCUCGCAGAGGCUACGGAAGAGGUUGACGAGUUCGCGUCAGCUUAUCGCAUUUCCGACGAAGUUCGUAGUGUCGAAGUGCUUGGCAAUAGAAUCUUAGGUGUUCACAGAAAACGCGCAAUAGAAUAUUUUUACGGCGAUACAUUUAAAGAAGUUCCUCGUGGCUCAAUUUCUGGCGACUACGCACGAUACACAGAAAAUGAUAGUGUCAUUGUUAUUCAAAGCUAUCAACUACAUUUAUUCAUAAUCCGUAAGGUACUCAAUAAUCCUUCCGAUGAACAAAAUGCAACAUUUGAUAAUGUCAAGAUGUAUCUUUUAACCAAUACGGAGCUGUAUUAUGUUAAAUUAAAUGAUGAAAUUUAUGUCUGCAAUGUUUAUAACUGUGAGAAAAUUACACAUAAAUUUAUGAAACGUGCCGAGGAUCUCGAUGGUGUUAUGUCACUAGGAUAUAAGGAUGGCUGCCUUAAUGUUCUGACAUAUCAACGUAACAUUUAUACUAUUGUUAACAACAAAGAUAUGGUUUUUAAACAAUCGGUGACAAAUGAAAGAAAUAUUUUGAACAUUUUAUACAAUUACAACUUUUUGGAGAACCUUGACUGGCGUGUGUAUUUCCAAUGGAUGUACGUACUUCAUCACAAACUACCGCAAGGACCAAUGAGAGAAAUAAUAGUGGUACGGUACUAUGGAGACUUGUUUUUUGUGGGCACAACUUAUGGAGUACUCAGUAUAUUUUAUCGUCCGUUUGUUAACGGUGAAAUAGAUUUUUUUAAUUCUCAACCUUUGAGAGAAAUCAAUUUUAUGAUACGAUCUGACAUACCAGUACUUGCAACGUGUCCAAUACUGCAAAUUGAUGUCAUAGAGACUGAAAAGGGCCACACAGUGUUUGUAGCGAUGCCAAAAAAGGUAGCUGUAUUGAAAUAUACUCAUAAUUUCGUGAACCCAGCUUGCUUCAUGAAGCAAACUUCACCGUACAGUGAGAUGGAACUGCGUCAAAAUGUAAAUGAUACAUCAGAUUAG